AAUGUUAAAGUUGCUGCAGAUGGCUCAUAAAGAAGUGGCCUCUGAGUCGGCAGGCGGUGACAAAAACUAUGUACUGGAGGCUGAGAAAACAAAUGACGAAGACAGAAUCAAUGUACUUUUUGAUCGCAUCAUGUUAAUGGACCUGAGAGAAAAUGUGGCUAAAUUAGAUGUGCGUGCCUUUGCCGAGUUAAGGAGUUACAAAGACCCCCCUAAGAUAAUCCAUGAUAUACUGAUUGGUGUAUUAGCAGUCUUUUAUGCAGAUAAAGUUGAAGCUGGAGAGUUUGACUUAUGGAACUCAUGCAAACCGGUAAGAUUUAUAUUGAUAAUAGCGAUGUCAGAUCUGAAU